GUGCCACUGUAAAACCUCAGCUUGCUUGAUCAUACAGGAACUGGUCUGUGUUCAGUACAUCUAGGAGCAAGUUUCAGAUACCUGUGUCGGUGGUCAGAGCUCUCUUUUGCUAUUUUACAUCAAGCUUUCUCUACCCAGUGCAACUUGAUAUAGAUGUCCCGAUUCACGAUGGAAUUUAGAAUUGAACAUGAAUGGAACAGCACACCUGUAUCGCACGACCCAGUGACUAUCUGUCUGAAACCAUCGCAUGGAGGGCUACAUAUGGAUGUUAUUGCUCCAUUCUUCAAUGACCCUCCUGCACCCUCUGGACCAGCUGGAGAACCUUUCGAUGGACUUUGGGACUAUGAAGUGGUGGAAGCAUUUUUCCUAAAUAGUGAAAAGGAGCACUAUCUAGAAGUUGAGCUUGGACCACACGGGCAUCAUUUGGUGCUGCUGCUUUCACAACGCAGAAAUAUUUGGAAGGCGUGUCUACCACUGUCCUUUCAAGCGUCCACUACAGAGGUGACAUGGAGAGGUACAGCACUCCUUCCAUGGGAAUAUUUCCCUCCUACGGUAGACCGAUUUAAUGCCUAUGCAAUCCAUGGUUCUGGCUUGAAGAGAACUUACGAGGCACUUUAUCCUGUACCUGAAAAGGAAGUGCAAGUGGGUCAGCAACCCGAUUUGGACUUCACCCUCAGAACCACGUCAGAAAAGGAAGCAAGCAAAUAUCCAGAAAAACAGCUAAUUUAUGAAAUAACUACUACAUGGGAUAGCAAACAAGUGUUACAUGAGCCUGUGACAAUCACUUUCAAGCCACACCUGGAAGGACUACUAAUGGAAGUUAACGCCCUGUUUUUCAAUGACCCUUCAGCGCCACCUGGCGAGCCUGGGAAACCAUUCAACGGUCUUUGGGAUUAUGAAGUGGUUGAAUCCUUUUUUCUGAACAGCAAGACCACUCAGUAUCUGGAAGUAGAGCUGUGCCCGCACGGGCAGCAUCUGGUUCUGCUACUGUCAGGCGUUGGAAAUGCUUUUAAAACAGAGCUACCACUGGAGUUCGAAGCAGAGACCACUUCAGAUUGGGGGAAAUGGCAUGGCAGUGCUCUUAUCCCAUGGUCUUAUUUUCCGCCUGAUGUGAACAUGAUGAAUUCUUAUGCUAUACAUGGCUCUGGCAUUGGAAGAGUGUACGAGUCGUUGUAUCCCAUUCCUCCACAGGAAAUAAGUGAAGGACAAGGCCCCAAUUUUCAUCGUCUGGAAUAUUUCAAAGCAUUCGACCUGAAAUGGAUUAUGGGAGAAGAAUGGGAGCAGCCCUCGUCUAGCCUCUGGGAAUCCGCUCCAUAAAAGUUUCUUGUAUUAUCUUUGUAAAAACAAAUAAAUAAAAAGUAAAAAAAAGAAUCCCUACUGGCGUUUAGUACUUAGCAAGUCUAUUAUAUUCUCUCAUUACUGAAAAUGAUAUAAUUAUGCAUAUUAAUAAAAUGAGCUUUUGACUCAAUAUUAUAUUUCUAUGUUGGAUGUUCAAAAAAUUUAAUUGUUUUACAUAUUAGUUGUUUCACUUGCCUUUUUAUAGUAUGUCUGUAAGUAAAAAUGUAUUAUGAGGAUUCCGUGGAGAUAGAAAUCCUCCCAUAAGUGAAAACUAGAAUAAUUAUAAAUUGUUUAAUAUGUGUUAACACUUUUCCCCCUGCUAUUGAGAACAGCACAUGCACUUCCUCAAUACCGAACUUAAAUAAAGUGCAUUUGUUCUUCA